CAAACGCCCAGCCCAACAGUCAGCGCAUGGACCUCUUCUUCUCCAUCAACGGCGAAGGUGUCCUGUGCGACAUCACGGUGGUCCAUCCGUGUCGGCCCGAGAACUCGACCGCCCACCACACCCAGGUCAACCGCAGCAACGCAUGUCGGCCGGGCGGUUUUGCAGCUGCAGGGGCGGAGCGCGACAAAGAUCGCAAGUACGGUGCCAACUGUCGACAGAAAGGCUACACCUUCGUGCCCCUAGCAGCGGAGACGUUCGGCCGUUGGGGUGGCGAGACCCUUACUCUGCUUCGCCGUCUGGCGCAGCGGCGCGUCCCCCCACCCGCCAGCUCUGCAGAAGACCGUGCAUUUUUUCAUGAGGGUGUCAUGAACCAUUGGGGGCAGUGUUUGUCGGUCGCGCUGAUGCGCUGGAAUGCUUUUCAAGUGUCCUGCCGCGCUCAUCAUGCGGCCGAUGCUCGGACACAGCAGCGGGCGGGUCUGUUUCCUGAGGACCUCAUCUCUCCAGGGCCCUACAGGGCACAAACCCGCACGUUUGCCUGCCAGGACCGGCCGUGA